UGAACCUUGGUCAAAGUUUAUUCGUGGCACUGGCGUGCGCAAUGCGCAUGCCAGCGUCAAGUUACACCUCACACACGGUUUUCAAAUCGCCGUGUCAAACUGCUCAGCGCUAUUCACCCUAGUGACCCAGUCUCUCACCCAGUUUUGAGAAGCUGCUCCAUCAUCACCUCCAGAGUGAACCGUUCGUGCCAUCCUGAACAUGUUCAUGAGGGGUCCACCAUACGCUACACUCUUUGUUACCUGCUUCUUCUUUCAAGUUGUAUCUGUACACAGUCUAGCCCACGAUGCCGCCAUGCUAAACAGACGAGCGGUCCCGGAAAUUGGCGGUUCACAAGGCGGUUUCAUCGGGCUCGUUGUCGCUUUGAGCUUGCUCAUUAUUAUCUGCUGUAUUGCAGUCUUCUUCCUCCUCCGCAAUCAUGAACCCUCCGAACAAGAUCGCAAUGCCCGCCGUGAGCACUACCGCCGUAACCGCGAUCUCCAAGCACACGAUUCAACAGCAGAACACGGCUCCUUUGGGGACAAACUCCGUGUGAUAUGGGCAGAUAGAUGGAGUAGUAGGAGCAGAAGCGGCGGACGACGAGGUGGGCGUGGCUGGAUCCAAGCUGGCUCAGGUGAUGAAUGGGAGAUUAAUUCAGAUCACGGUGAAGAACGUAGGGCACAGCAGCCCAUGGAACCCUUUUCCAGGUCUUUUCAAGAGGGACCUUACAGCCCCCAGGUCCCAGAAAUCGACUCACCGCUGUCAGAUGCAGAGUCGUAUGCACCGAUGCAGUAUGGGGAUUCGUACGCAAAGGGCCCAUUACAUGUGACAUCACCACAGCGGGUGACCUUUGCACGGUCGCAGUCACCGCUCUCACUGUCGAGCUCACCUAUGUCCCCUGGAUCGCAUCGAGAUGCAAGUGUGGAUGACGAAGAGGUGCACCCGCCUGACCACCGUCAUUUCUCUACACAAUCAUCGACAUCAGUGCGGACUUUUGAGGGAGGCACAAAGUUUAUUGAGUCGUUCUAGCUCAUGCUAGUUAUGUUUUGCCUUUACUCAUACAUGUGUUGUUGUCUUUCAUCUUUUAUUCUUAUGGUCCACGUGUACUCGUCGCGCAUUUUGUAUCAUUCGGACGCUCAUCCGUGCAGUUGUUCUUGUAUGAUCCUUUGCAAUGUAUCUUUAGCACUCCCCUGCUAAAUGCACAUUACCUAAUGUUGAUCACUGGCUUUGAUACAGUUCCUUGUCACGGUGCCUCGAAGCUACUAGUUAGCUUCGCUAGUGUAAUCAUAUUGAUUCUCCACCGUACUUCUCUGCACUUCCCUUCUCUCCACAGCUUCUCGGUCACCUCUUCUGCCCACUAGUACCAUGUACGUAUACAAUAUAAUGGUU